GAGCGACCCUAGUUAACCGCAGCUCCAGCAGCGGCAAACGGGCUAGCUCCCUCCCUCCCCUCCCGCGGACGCCACCCGAGAGCAGCAGCCCCGCCGUCUCUCUCUCCCCGACGCGCGCGCGGGCCGGCGAAUGCGAUAGGAGGGAGGGCGGGGGAGAGAUGGGGUCGAAGACCAAGGGGUGCUGCGGGUGGCUGAUCGUGGCGCUGGUGCUGGCGCUGGUGGCCACGGCGGCCGUGGUGGCCAUCAUGAAGCGCAAGCCCGGGGGAGGCGGAGGGGGCCGGAGCCGCCCGCCCAAGCCGCUCCCCGUCCCGGGCCCGCCCGGGGACAUCGACUCCAAGUACGGCGACGCGCUCGGGGUCGCGCUCCAGUUCUUCCAGGUCCAGAAGGCCGGGAAGUUGGUGGACAACCAGAUCCCGUGGCGAGGCGACUCCGCGCUCAACGAUGGGAAAGAAGCGAAGCUGGAUCUCUCCAAGGGGCUGUACGACGCCGGGGAUCAUAUGAAGUUCACCUUCCCCAUGGCCUUCACGGCGACGGUGCUCGCGUGGUCCGUGCUCGAGUACGGGGACCAGAUGACCGCCGCCAAGCAGCUAGACCCAGCGCUUGACGCGCUCCGCUGGGUCUCGGAUUUCCUCAUCGCGGCACAUCCUUCUGAAAAUGUGUUCUACAUUCAGGUUGGUGAUCCUGAUCUAGAUCACGACUGCUGGCAAAGGCCAGAAACAAUGACCGAGAAAAGGCCGCUCACACAGAUUAACCCAAAGAACCCUGGGUCAGAUAUUGCUGCUGAGGCAGCAGCAGCCAUGGCGGCAGCAUCAAUGGUUUUCAAAUCCAGUGACACUACAUAUUCCGAUUCACUUCUUCAACAUGCCCAGAAGUUAUUUACUUUUGCUGAUACUUACAAAGGCAUCGCCAGCGACACCUAUCCAAAGCUUCAGAAGUACUAUAAUUCUACUGGCUAUGUUGAUGAGCUCCUCUGGGCAGCGAGUUGGCUCUAUCAUGCUACAGGAGAUCAGACAUAUCUCAGUUAUGUGACUGUGCAGAACGGGAAAGAUUACGCUGAUUGGGGAAGGCCAACAUGGUUCAGCUGGGAUGACAAGCUCCCAGGGACACAGAUCCUUUUGUCAAGAGUAAAUUUCUUUGGAUCCAAAGAGAUAUCUAAUGCUGAAAACAGUGGACUCAAAAUGUACAGAGACACUGCUGAGGCUGUCAUUUGUGGGCUUCUACCAGAUUCUCCAUCAGCCACUGGUAGUAGGACUAGCGGAGGACUGGUGUGGAUAAGUGGGUGGAAUUCUCUGCAGCAUGGCAUAAAUGCAGCAUUCCUUGCUGUUGUUUACAGCGACUACAUGCUGACAUCACAAACAGCUGCAGUGGAGUGCAGUGGAAAAUAUUUUAGUCCGACAGAUAUUCGCAAUUUCGCUAUAUCACAGGCAAAUUACGUGCUGGGUGACAACCCAAUGAAGCUUAGCUACCUGGUGGGAUACGGGAGCAGCUAUCCGCAGCAGGUGCACCACAGGGGGGCAUCCAUCCCCGCGGAUGCGAAAACGGGCUGCAAGGGAUUCGAGUACCUCCAUUCGUCCAGCCCGAACCCGAAUGUCGCCACGGGAGCCGUUGUGGGCGGGCCAUUUCAGAAUGACUCUUUCGUGGACUUGCGCGACAAUGCGGUGCAGACAGAGUCCAGCACUUACAACAGCGGCACAUUCGUCGGUCUGCUGGCUGGCCUGGUCACCACCUCGUCCGUCGCAAAGACAUUCACCUAGAGCUCUUUCUCAAGCAACAACAAUGGUGGCUUUUAUCAACCCGGGAGGCAUAUACAACUAGAGGAAUUUUUAUUUUUUUUGCUCGAGUGACGGUAAUGCGCAACCCAGUGAGACCUGUUGCAGAUUUGUUCAUUGGCCGUCUCUUAUUAGGGGGUGAUUAGCAGUAGUCAUUAGUGCCACAUUACUCUUGCUUGUAUAAUAUAUAUGGUAAUUUUCACCGUGUGGUCAACUCCUAUCUGGUUUGCUGGUUUACCUGUUGUAGCUAUGGGUAUUGUAUUUGUAGGACAGGUUCCAUUUGUUCAUUAUGAGGUAUUUUUUUGGUA